ACGUUCCCCUCCGCAUUUGUGGGUUAUGAGAGUGGGUUAUGUAGUCAACCUGUUAUAUCAAACAUGUCCUACCAGUCUUGAGCCUUCUUCUGCGUUUCAAAAUAUUUGAAUUUUGCAAGCUAGCCAUGAGUAAGCUGAAGCCCAUACUUGCGUGCUAUAAUAAUACGCUGAACGUAAUUGGGGCUAAUACUCACAUCCUUGUACCAAAGAGGACGUUGUUUGCAUCUCCACAAACACAAUUGACGCGUGGAUAUGUGUUUAGAGGGAAGGUCUUGAAUGUGACCCGUCAAUCCAGCUCCACUGCUGCCCGGGCAGAGAGCGGAGAAGGAGAUUCUGUCCUGAAGUGGUUAUUGCUACUGAUACCCGUCACCACUUUUGGCCUUGGUACAUGGCAGAUGAGGCGCAGACAAUGGAAACUGCAGCUCAUCGAGGAACUGAGGAGUUUGACCACAGCUGAGCCCGUCUCCCUGCCCACUGAUCCAAUGGAGCUAAAAACUCUGGAGUACAGACGCGUGACGGUGCGCGGGAGGUACGAUCACUCCCAGGAGCUCUACAUCCUGCCUCGCUCUCCUGUUGACCCAGAGAAGGAGGCGCGAGAGGCAGGCCAGCUCUCAUCGAGCGGGGAGACGGGAGCCAACAUCAUCACUCCAUUCUACUGCUCAGACCUGGGGAUCAAAAUUCUGGUGAACCGAGGAUAUGUACCCAAACAGAGGAUCCGCCCGGAGACCAGGGUGAAGGGACAGGUGGAGGAGGAAGUGGAUGUUGUUGGGGUGGUGCGGCUGACGGAACAACGCAAGCCAUUCGUUCCCCAGAACAACAUGGAGAAAAACCGCUGGUACUUCCGGGACCUGGACGCCAUGGCUGCGGUCACAGGAGCUGAACCCAUCUUCAUAGACGCCGACUUUGCCAGUACAAUACCUGGAGGUCCAGUCGGGGGUCAGACUCGGGUCACUCUAAGAAACGAACACAUGCAGUAUGUCGUCACAUGGUACAGCUUAAGUGCGGCUACAACCUACAUGUGGUACCUUAAAUUCAUCAAGCGUGUUGCCUUGUGAAUGCAGUACAGUUGUGUGGUGUGAUGUAUGCUAGAAAUAUUAUGUAAAUAUGACCUAAUUAAAUAAAGAUAAAGUUAAUCAAG